AUAGAGAAAUGUUGUUUUACGUUGUAUAUGUUUUUAGUAUACCUUUGACUGUUACAAGCAGCAAUCUUAAACAAAGUUACGUGGAUGUAAAUGCGCUGUGUAACAGGGAUCAAAAUGGAACGUGCAUUACUUGCAAAUACGGCAUUGGAAGCCCCGACAGUAAUUGUGAAUGUUCUAAGAAAAGAUGCAGUAACUCUGGUUGUUCAUAUUGCUCAGAUCGGCGAUACUAUCCUGCCAAUGGAACGUGUUGUAGAUGUAGCGUUAAUUGUAAAAGAGAUUAUUGCACCUCUGAAGGCGAGUGUCGUGUUGGAUGCAAGGAUGGAUUUUUUGGGAUACGGUGUGAUAAGUUGUGCAUAACGUCUGAGCCGAACUGCAAACGGUGUUUGCCGCUUGGUACAGAGGGCAUUUUGAGAGAUUCGUACGGGAUGUGUGAUCGAUGUAGGACAGGGAUGUUCCCCGACCUCGAGGAAUCAUGGUGGUGUGCUGAUUGCCCCAAUUCGUGCAUAGAAGGGGAAUGUGACCCUGUUACCGGGUCAUGUACACUUGGGUGCGUUGUAGGGCAUUGGUCUAGCAAUUGCAACAAAUCUUGUGAAAAAGGUUGUCAUUCAUGUAGGCAAACCGAUGGCAUUUGUGAAGCACAAGACUGUAUGAAACCUGGAUUUGAGGAAGGCAUUUGUUUGACAAACUGUAAUAAAAACUGUAAAAAGAUUAAUGGGACAGGUUUGUGUAUGACCAAAGACGGUUCUUGUUUUGACCAAUGCGAGCAUUCGUUUUAUGGAGCAUUUUGUAACAUCUCGUGCCAAUCUUCUUGUAACGGAAGUGACAACAUUUGUGAGCGUCAAAGUGGAUAUUGUCUGCAUGGGUGUGACGAUGGGUUUUUUGGUCCUAAUUGUUCACAGCCGUGCCUAGGAUGUUCGAUCAACAUUUGUGAGCAAAAGUCAGGAAAGUGUUUUGUUGACGGUUUACAAGACACUGCCUCUCAUAAUGGAAGUACGGACGCGAUGACUUAUCUCCUAAUUGCUGGAGUACCCAUAGCCUGUGCCAUUUUAGCAAUGGGCAUUGUGACGCCGUUGGUAUCCAACUGUAUAAAGAAAAGGAGGAAUCAGAAUAAUUCGUCAUUGUACGGAAGAAGAAGAAGAAGAAGACUUUCUACGGACGUUGAUUUCGUUGGUAGUAUAAAUAGUGACGCUUAUGCAGAAAUCAACGAAGAGAACAUGUUCACAAACACGUCUAUAGAAAACAACGACACAACGAAGCCUGUGGACAUCACCCCGGUUUCAAUAUACAUGACGGUACCUCUUGAUGAGGGCGUUUCUGUCAAUGUCGGUUUUGACGACUCAAUGACAACUUAUCAACGAUUGAGCAAGAAUGAAGAGCAAGAUGAUUUAAAUACUUCUACGGUUUCAACUAUGAACGGGGAAUAUUUGACCGUAGUACACGAGUGGCCAACAGAGCCUAAAACCGUUAUAUAAGUGUGAGUGCUCGUCAAAAAUCUAAUAGUUGAAGGGGUGCUUGAGCUUUGAUUGUCAUAGAAACAGUUAACUGUGUAUAUCCCUCUGGACCCUACACAACUUUCAGUUACCAGCAAAGAUGUUUUGUGAUUGAAAUUUAGCGACCACAAUUAAUGAGGAAUGGGCACAUAUUAUGUCCUACAUUUAUGGAAAAGUGACUGUUAAUUGUAUUCUUAAAUUUUAUAACAUGUUGUUAAGCUUGGAUUUGACUUGACCUUUAAAUUUAUAUCGAUAUAUAUAUUUGCAAUUGUAUUGUUAAUUACUUAUGCCAAGCUAAAAUUAACAUAUUUGUUUUAGUUAAAAUUUUAUUGUGUAUAUUGACAUUAGCAUCUCCGAGUGUUAUCUGCUUAAGUGAUUGCAUGCUUCAAUUUUGCAUAAUUGCAUAACAGCAAGCCAAAGUCCUUUAAGGUGCUACCUGUAUGCUUUGAGACUGAAUGUCGCUAGCUUUAAGCUGGAAGUGUCUCCUUUGUUAUCAAAUAUCAAGACUGUAUUGUUACGGAUUGUUAUUUAUUAUUAUUUCACUUGUGAAAAUUAAGAAUGUAUGACAAAGAUGAAUAUUUGCUUAUAACACUAUACUUCUUACUUGAAAAUUAUAAUUGCUUUUGGAACAGUCUAUGUGUAACAUCAGUUGUUCAACUAAGGCUUCUGUUUUGUGAUUGUUUGUUUUUAUGUUCCAAGUGUUUGGCGUUAACCCUGUCCCAUUAAACGGGGUUUAUGAUUAAACUUUCGACUACUGUACUUGUUUCUGACGUUUUUCAUAUAAAUAUUUGUCUGUCUUUGUAGCAAUACCAAU